AUGUCUUACAUAGAGAGGCAAACAACGCGUAUCACCGGCUGCGAACGAGAAAGCCCAGAACUCGCACGCACUCACAGCGCUAUCGGAGGCACAGGCAAGGUCCCAAACGCAAAAAAGCCCCGGUCACGACCACCGCAAAGCUUGCGCGACAAGCUCGGCUUCCUCCAUGGCCACUUGCCCGGGCCAUCGGGUCCGUACAGCGUCGGCUCGAUGGAUAUUGAGGUCACUGUACCAUCACCACGGCCAGUAUCCGACAUCAAACGCGAUGGGAAGCAUUUACUCCGACUAGAGACUGUUCUGUUCACCCUAUACUAUCCAGCUGCAUUUGGCUCAGGUAUGGGCAAGGCUCCAGGAGGAUACAAGAAAUGGUCGCGUGAGACUUGGUUGGCCCGACCGCGUCCGGAAACUGCAAAAGGCUACGCGAGGUUUGCUGGAAUACCGGACUGGCUGGGACAAGCAUGGUUUGGCGCGACCACCGCUUUCACAAAGCUCCAAGCGUUUCGCAACACGCCGCCAGCGACCCAUUGGCCUCCAGAGGGCAACUCGAAGCGCAACGGUCAUAAGAUCAAAGAACGUCAGGGCCAGCCACCAGGGGGAGCUUCAACCGAGCCCAUGUUUCCGCUACUGAUGUUCAGCCAUGGUCUUGGAGGCACACGGACGUGUUAUUCUUCCAUGUGCACCGAGUUCGCCAGUUACGGCUUUGUCGUCUGCGCCGUGGAACAUAGGGAUGGAUCUGGCCCACGAAGUAUUAUAAAUCACGCAAAAGAGGGCGAAGGCAACAUCGAAAGUCUGGAGAAGAAGCAUAAUCUGGAGCACACAGACGAGGAACGUGAACGAGGAUUUGAUAAGGUCGACUAUUUAUUCCCCAAAGGAAACCCCAAGGAUACCGCACCCAACAAUGAGAAGGGUGUGGACCGCGAGCUUCGAAACGCUCAAAUUGAACUACGACUCUGCGAGCUCGAAGAAGCGUAUCGCGUCCUUUGCGACAUUAGCGCGGGCAAGGGAGAGGAAGUGGCAAGAAAAAAUCUUAGGAAGAAGGGAUACGCAGGUGCUAGUUCUCGAGGCUUGGAAGGCGUUGACUGGGAGCGCUGGAAAGAUCGUUUCCAUACCGACAAAGUCAAUAUGGCAGGCCACUCGUUUGGCGCAGCAACCGUUGUGGAAGUACUUCGGAACACGGAUCGAUUCAAGCACGUACAAGCAGGCAUUAUCUACGACAUUUGGGGCGCGUUGAUCAAGCCCCCAGCAGAUGAUCCGGCACACCGCAUCCGUGUUCCUAUAUUGGGGAUCAACUCGGAAGCCUUCAUGUACUGGCAAGCUAAUUUUGACGCUGUCAUGUCGCUCAUGCACGAGGCAAAGGAACAAGGCGCACCGGCGGUCUUGUGCACAGUACGAGGCUCGGUUCACAUUAAUCAGUCAGACUUCUCUCUCCUAUACAACGGAAUCACGUCCUUUUUCUUCAAAGCUACUGUGAACCCAGAGAGGGCUAUUGACCUCAACAUCAGCGCCUCUCUAGAAUUUCUACGCGAAGUAACCUCGGGCGCAGGCAAAUCAAUCAUCAAGCGUUGCCUUUUCGACGAAGAGCUCCUACACACCCAGCCUCUCGAACAUAUGCCCGACGAUCAUAAACCAAAUGAUGAAUGGAUUGCUGCACGACUCAAGAUCAAGCACGAGUUCAGGACAAGAAUGGCUGCCGGCAUGCAGAGGAAGAUGAAGAGGCAAAUGAAGAAUGGUGCACAUAAUGCGGGAGAUGAAUUGUGGAUGCACGUCAAGCCGAAUGCCGAGGAGCUCCGAGAGUGGCGGCUCAAGACAAGGGUUGCUUCUGGAGACUUCAAAGAUGACAGUGACACGACUGUAGAGAAAGAGGCAGUGGAAGACGGCGAGCCAGAUACCGAUGUCGGAGACUCUUCGCUUGGAGAUGAGAGCGACCGUGAGCGGCCAGUAGAAACAGCCUAUGUGUCCGCAGACAAAUCGCAGGAUACCUGGUUGGGUGCCCACCCUGCACUGAAGAAGGAUCCCAAUCCAGCGCAAGAGCAUGCUAUCUCCCAAAGGUGA